AUGGCAGCGGAUGACUCGAGCGUUUUCUCCAGACUGUCUGCAACUGGAGAAGCUCGGGGGACUUCAGGUGCCAGGACGCGGUUUCGAGGGGCUGCCUCCGUCGGUGACCAUGCGAGAGGCGCCAAAAGCGCAUUUGCUUCUGUAUUUUCGUCAACACCCAGCCGUGGGCGUGAUGGGGGAGUUCGGGGUGGGCGAGGUGGUGGGGCAAAGAUUGCCGCUUCUAAAACAUGGGUGAAACCGACGGGAGACCACAUAGGGGCGGUGACACCCAGAGGCAGUAGGCGAGGUGGGAGGGGAGCGUCGAUGACUUGGGUGAGGCCAAGAAGUGGCACCACCCCGCAAGAGCUUAAGCUUCCGACACAUCGAGACGAGAGCGUUGCGAGACAGGCUCCAUCGCGCGGUAACAUCUCACAACAGACGAAUUCAGUUGCUAUUUCUCCAAUGUCGUCGUUUACACAGAGGCAAACAGCACUGACACCCACGCCUGACCACUCCUCUGACGCAGAUGACAGCAUUUUGAAAGUGUCUCGUGCCGAGCGAUUCGCUUCACAGCCUGUUCAUAACCGCUAUAUGGAGAUGAAAAAGCUUCGACCUGCCCUGAUGAAGAAGUAUAUUGCUGAGGGUAAAAUGGAUGAUCCAAAUAAGAAAUAUCGGCUUGAAGAUGCGCGUGAUUUUGUCGGAGAGUGUGAGGAUAUGUGUCCUGAGUACGAGCGUCACGAACGAGAGUAUCAGAAAGGGUUGAUGGAGUUUGAGAAGAUUCCAGGCACAGACCGAGUUGAUCACGCGAAAGCCGUUAAAAGAUAUCGACGUUCCGCCGCAGAUGAUGAAAAGCCGCUACCAUGUGAUGUGCGACCGCCAUCUGUACUGGAGCGAACGUUGAACUACCUGGUGCACGAAUUAAUACCAGAAUAUGACUUGCAACGCACGUACGGUUUCAUUCGUGAUAGGACACGAGCUAUCAGGAAGGAUUUGACGCUCCAGAAUUUACGCGGCCCUGAAGCCGUUGGUCUGUUUGAACGGAUCGCUCGCUAUCACCUUAUGUGUUCUCAGCGGCUAUGCGCAACGAUAGAUAUAAAGCAGGAAUAUGAACAGCUGGGAAAAACGCUACAAAGUCUGAUGGAAUUCUACGACGAUCUCAGGGAGGAGGGCAAAAGAAUGCCUAACGAGGCCGAGUUCCGAGCGUACUAUCUUUUGCAUCAUGCGUUCAACCAGGAUGUUCAAUCUAGCUUCGAGAGGAAAUUUAUCAAUGAUCCAAUUUUGUUGGAUCCGCACAUGCAACUGGCGAUCCGAUUAAGAAGCCUGUUACCCCGACUAGAUCUCCAUCACGAUGAUGAAGAUGAGGACUAUACAGAAGAAGGGGAUACCAUAGGAGAAGGCGGUUUCGAAGCAUACGGAUUAUUCUUCAAAAUCAUCAAGGAGCGAACUACCCCAUAUCUAUUAGCAUGCGCGGCGCACCCACACUUCCUAGUUGUCCGUCGACAUGCAUACAGACACAUGGACAACGCCCUGUAUGUUUUUCCUAAUGCAGUGGACACACUGACGCCGGUGGCAACACUCGUGGAACAGCUGGGUUAUGACAACGAAGAAGAUGCUAUCGUGGACCUAGAAUACUAUGAUAUUCCAAUCAGGGACGUGGAAGGACGAUGGUACGCAGAGAUUGGAAAAGUAAAAAUCACCGGAACUGAUGGAAAGUCACAAAUGGUCCCUGGGAAAUUCAAUGAUGCUAAGAGAGUUUCUCUUCAACCGCGGGUGGCAAAUCGACUUCUCGAAGGGAAGUUGGGAGAUGUCACGGACGCGGACGUUAUAGACGGCAAUGUACCUGAGAUGACUCAAGAAGUGCCCGACUACCAAGGGCAAUCAUCGGAAGUCGUUGCAAUGUCGUCCAUUCCAGGCGGAGUUCCUACUUUUGGACAAGUUGCUGCUACGACAGCUCGGCUGCCUAGUUCAUCCGUUGGAGGAGGUACUUUCUCAAAUGCUUUCGGUUUUGUCAACCAGCAACAGUCCGUCUUGGCAGGCCCGUCAAGCGGAUUUUUUGGACAAGGCGGUGCUUUCAUGGGACAAGCGAGUAUCGCUAGCGGUCAAGCGACUCGCAAGGUCGGACAAGGAGUCCUUCCCCUCCAUCCCGUACAAGUGUCGCAGUUGCCGUUCCCGUCACUUUCAUCUUCGAUAACCAUGUCACCCCAGUCACAAGCGGGUGCAUGGUCGUCUUUUGGUCAGCAGGACCAACCACCGCAAGCGGCUCCCACAUCUGGCGCACAUCUCAACAUACCCAAUUUAGGCGUGCUACAACAACCUUCAGGUGGUGGCCCACCUACGCCGGCCGGAUUGGUUACUCGAAAGCCUGACUUGGUCGAGCAACGAACGGACGUCGGCCUUAUAGUUUCCCCCUCGUUGACGGUUAUCCCCCUAGAAGCGCAAGCUGGUCCACAAUUACCGCGUGCCGAAUCCCAGCCCUCCGUCGUACCUUCCUUCACACCCCCUGCGGUUCCGACCCGACCCGAGACACCUCCAGAGCCCGUCAUUCCAGAGGACACUGAGCUGUUAGAAAGAGAACGUAAAGAGGCGGAGGCGCGCGCCCGGAUCGCACGCCAGAAGUCUGAAGCUUCAAAAUACCUAGCGGCUCGAAUACUGGCGGAAACAAUACACCAGUGCAUGAAGGAAUUGGCGGAAGAGGUUUCAAUGCGCGAAGAUAUUCGUGCAAAGUGGAGACUCUUUGCGCAUCGCCUACCAGCGCUUCAUGCUAAAGAACAAGCGAAGCGAGAGGCUGUGCGAACUUUCCUAAAUUUGGUGGGCUCGGAGGUUGCCCCACCCAGAGUCUCGUUCCGGGAGCAGGCUAAAGCCUUGAUGGGGACAGCAGGAACUGCCUUUACUAUGCUUGGGUCCGCAAAUAGGGACGAGGAGAUGGCGAGGGCAACGGAUGAGGUGGCUGCCCUUGAACAGCAACUGAUGGAGCGCAUCGACCUCGCUGACCUCACGUAUCCCAUACUGCGCGAAAAUCACAGCACUCGGGUUCAUGGCCAUACCCUUCACUACAAACUUUGUAUCACAACCCCCACCUUUCACCUCCUUUCCACCGAUAAGCAAAGGUUACCGAUUCAAUGGCUGAAAGCAAAGUUUGGCGGCGCGAACAAUGCAAUGCCGACUUUGGCCAACGAGGUUGGAACCGAGGAAUUGCAGCGGACACGGGUACAAGAUGGUGAAUGGGAUUGCUGGGCGGUUGUUCGGCAUGUAACAGAUGCCUUACCGGAGGAAGCUAUGAAGACUCUUCAUGGGAUUAAUGCGGCAAUCUUCCAAUUCGACCUUUUUGGAAGUGGUAAAGAUAAAGGAUUUUACUUCAACGAGGAGCGAUCUCGGUUCGUGAACUUCAUCAACGCUCUGCCGAAGCAAACUCUUAGAAACAAAAUACCGCUCUUGUUUGUGUAUUGGUCUGUUCCCGAAUUGCCACGUGCCGAAUUAGAGACCAGGGUUCGCCAAGCCUUUCAACUGAGCGAUGUGCAAGUCCAUGGGCCGAUAUCCGAUAUAGGGUGGCUGGAGAUUCAGUACACCGACAAGUUGAACGAUUUGAUCAAAGCUAAUGAAUACCUGGUGGAGGCAGUGGAGAUGUUGGUGGCAAGAUCGCAAGCUGAACCGGAGAUGAACUGGUUCGGAAUGGAUGGGAAAGACGUACUAGGAGAGUCAAUGCUUCGCAUUCAUUUCCGGGAACACUCGUACCUUUUGCAGUCCCGCUUUCCACACCGAAUGGCGCACAUCCCUGAACGUAAUAUACCUACCUUCAACACACUGAUUCGAAUGUACAAUGCUGCGAUGGAGGUAUAUGCUUACGUCCUGGCUGGACCAGACGUAGAGGGCCUCAACUAUCCUCCAUACGAGUUUGCCACACCGGGAUGCCCGCCGGUGGAAGGAGGAACGAAUGUUCCGUUGAAUUGGAAUUCGAUGGGACGACUGAAAGAGAUGAGGAUGAUGCUGGCACAGUUUGUGUUGCCACCUCUACGUCAGCAUGGCCGUUUUGUCGUGGAUGAGUACGUAGACCAGCUUGGGAAAUCACUGGAUACUAAUUUGAGAGGGUUAUGGUUGAUUUACUGCACAUGGAUAUCUGAUGUUUGUGAUACGGUUCCUGCCAUGCGGGACACAGAGCGACGCAGUCUCUUUGACGCAUUCAUUCAGCUUUUCGAGGGAUAUAGCCGAACGGCCGCUACAGUUGCUGUUCGAUUUCCAUUUGGCGAACUCGCCGAAGUCGUGACGCGGGCUAUCUUUAUUCAUCUAGACACGCAGUUUACCGCAAAGUUCCGAAUUGCACCCUACCCACGUCAGCUUGCUGUUUAUGCCUUGGAGGGUUUCGGAAUCGCGAUGACAAAGGUCAUUGACAAUUGGUAUCAAGAAGUCAUGGAGUGGUUGAGAAUAGAGGCGCCAGAAUAUGAGUCAGAAGAUGAGACGUCUGUGCGCGAAGAUGAUGGUGUUUCUGGCGAUGAUGUGAAAUUACCUUCCAUAUCUGAUGGAGAAGUCAGUCCGAAACUGAACAGCAUGGAUCUGCUGAAAUCGUCUCACAAGCGAGUGCUGCCAAGCGGCCUUGCUAAUGACGACGGUGAGAUGUCACCUCCCUCGCCAGCAAAACGGAAGCGUGGCGACGUACUCUUAGGGGAAGGUGAAGCAAAAAAACAACGACAGGAUGAGGUGGUCCUCGAGAAUACCAGAUCACAAACGCGCACCCCCUCACCUCGGCACUCCAAUGGUGUCGACCUCACUACGCUUCAGCAACAGCUGUGUUCGGCUUUGGAGUCUUCGAAGAAAACCUUGGCUAGAACACGACUUUUGGAAGAGCUCGAUUAUUUGGAUACGCUAACAGACAAUCAACUUGAUGAAGGCGACUUGCCGUCCUUGACUGAGGAGGAUGAAAGGGAGUUGGAGGACCUUCUUGCGGCAGGAGAGAGCGACUAUGGGCGAGCAGCAGAUUGGGGCAAUUUUUGUACAUAGAUUGACGCACUUUUUGUUUAAUAUUUUUUCAUGUUGGACUUGGUGGAUUGGUGAUGAUGGCUUUCCUG